UCUUGGAGCGGUACAAAGACGCCAGCGGCUUCGACGUGCUCGCAAUUCGACAUUUUGAGACAUUCGGGCUGCCGCAAGCGUCCUAUGCGUCGCUGCUCGUCACUUUGGCGCUGGCGUAUCGGUGCCGGUGUCGGUGCCGGUGCCGGUACCGGUGCCGGGCUGCCUGACGGCCACGCCGUCCGGAACCGGCGGUGACCGCACGAAGCCACGCGAGCCCCGAUCCGCAAGAAAUGCACACAGAUUAGUUUCAACCAAUGAAUGCAACAAAGUCACCAUGUCACGGGCUUGCAGCUGGACGAAUGGAGCGAGGGCCUCGCCUAAGGUUCUCUGACCUUCUGUCCUGAUAACGGCAGCUGCGGUAGAAAACUGCAUUUCUCGGGCCUUCACAUCAACGACAGAUGUCCAUUCACACGGAUCCAGAUGGCCUGGAUACCUUCCCAGUAGUGGGAGAGAUUAACUCAAUUCAUUAGAGCCCCCCUGCCUCUCAUCCUUGUCCCGCCUACGUCUCCCUCACGCAUGACUUGCUUUGCCUCCAUUGGUUGCUUCUAUUAGGACCACCAUAAACUGGAUCACCGCUGACUACGGGACACAGGAGAGUGAAGAAGAAGAGGGGUGGGCGGCUGUUGCCACGGUAAUAGAAUCUGGCGCUGGGAUCAAGCUGGGGGGUGAAAGCAGGUUAAAGGGGUUCGGAUUCAGACGAGGGAGGGAGGGGCCGACAAUAACAACAACAACCCGGGAUUAGGCAUCAACCGAGCAAUCGGGAGGUCGGUUUAAGUCAAAGCGGCAUUAAAUAUUGCCUAAAAGUAUAUUUGUGGCUUUCUGGAGCACCGGACAUCUGCUCCUGGAAAAAGGAGGAGGAUGAAAUAGGGUUAAAAACAAAACGAGAAAAAUGCAUCUCCUGGUUGGCGAUGAUACUUCAGCGAGCGGAGGCGAACUGCAGGCUGCGGUGACGACGGGAGCGCCGAGAUCGAAACGGAGAGCCGAGCAUCGCUGGAUUUGAAAGACGAGCAUGCGUCAGCACUGAAGCGCUGCAAAGGAGGAGUCCGAGAGACGGCCACCGUGGAGAUGAGGCCGUUCUGCUUGCGGUCACGAUGGACAAAGGAACCGGAGCCCUUAGGAUCCGUAACGUUCGGGGCCACACGUUGCCUCCUCAUUCCAGCUCUCCGUCCAAGUAAGUGAUUUCCAUGUCCGGCCUGACAACGAUGAGCACCAGAUGAAUGAGGAGUGAUCGGCUUUGAAGCGUCCAGGAAAUUCAUAUCACCGACGGCAAACUGAGCUGGGAGAUUUCCUUCAAUGAUCCUUCAGCUGGACUGCAGCUGAGACAACGCGACGUUUUCCCGAGCUCACCAGAAUGCUCCAGCAAAUCAGUUACCGCAACGACCGCCACCUGGGCAGUGAGCGCAGCCGUUAUCACUGAACCGUGAACUCUUUGUUGAAGCUGACUCCACCAAAAUGUGGACACAAUAAAGGUGGGAGUAUUGCAAUUUGGCAUAUAAAUGAACUCCAAGCUAUGCAAAAGUCAGUGGAUGACAAACAGAAGGCUCCAAUGGUCUUCCUAACAGCAGCAUAAACCUUGAAACAAAGCUGACGGCGCCCUCGGCUGACGACUUGACUUGAGCUGAACUUGGAAGCAAAUAUCGUCAAAUGUGGAAGCGCUGCCAUGGGGGAGACGGCAGAAUACCAGAGGCUGCAGGAGACUUCAGAAUCUGACUACCACAGCGCAAGCAGUGAGGAUGAAGAGAAACUGGGCAAUAAUAUGCAGUGUGAGGAAGGCACAGAAUGGCUUCAGGAGCUGCUGGUAGAAGUGCAGUUGCAGCAGUACUUCCUGCGAAUCAGAGAUGACCUCAAUGUCACACGGCUCUCCCAUUUUGACUACGUCAAGAAUGAAGACCUGGAGAAGAUUGGCAUGGGUCGACCUGGACAGCGACGACUGUUGGAGGCUGUAAAGAGGAGGAAAGCGAUGUGCAAGCGCAAGUCCUGGAUGUGCAAGCCCUACUGCUUUCUCUAUGGUCAACGCCACCUGCCUGUCAGACCUCUACUGCAAACUUCCAUCUUGCUGCUGUUCGCUGUGUUUAGCGGUAAGCGUCCAGACGGGCUAGACUUUCCCACGCAGGGCCAGCCCACUUCCUCCUUCCGUAAAGUGUCUCCCACACGUCCCCUGGGCUUGCCGGACGGGGUCCUGGCCUCACAGCCCGCUGGAGAGGUUCCUCUCGAUGACCAACAGCAGGCCCUGACUUGCCUCAUCACAGAGAAGGACCUGACUCUCUUCGAGAAGCUCGGAGAUGGAUCUUUUGGCGUUGUGAAGAGAGGAGAGUGGCUGACUCCCGCAGGAAAGAUGAUUAAUGUAGCUGUAAAGUGCUUGAAGACAGAUGUGCUCAGCCAGCCUGACGCUCUGGAGGAUUUCAUCUGUGAGGUCAACGCCAUGCACUCGCUGGAUCACCAGAACCUCAUUCGCCUCUACGGUGUGGUGCUCACACACCCAAUGAAGAUGGUGACGGAGCUCGCGCCACUAGGUUCUCUGCUGGAGCGCUUGCGCUGCGUGCGUCCACAGGGCCCCGUGUCGAUCCACACUCUGUGUCAGUAUGCUGUGCAGGUGGCCUGCGGCAUGGCCUAUCUGGAGCAGAGGCGCUUCAUCCACCGGGAUCUGGCCGCCAGAAACGUCCUGCUGGCAUCAGCUCACAGAGUGAAGAUCGGCGAUUUUGGCCUGAUGAGGGCACUGCCGAACAAUCAUGAGCAUUACGUCAUGCAGGAACACCGGAAGGUCCCCUUUGCGUGGUGCGCGCCUGAGAGUCUGAAGACCAGGACCUUCUCUCAUGCUACUGACACGUGGAUGUUUGGCGUGACGCUAUGGGAGAUGUUCACACAUGGCCAGGAGCCUUGGUUAGGCCUUAAUGGGAGCCAGAUCCUGCAUAAGAUUGAUAAAGAAAGUGAACGUCUCCCUAAGCCAGAAGACUGUCCGCAGGAUAGUUACAAUGUCAUGUUGCAGUGCUGGGCACCGAAAUCGGAGGACAGACCAACUUUUGUUGCCCUACGGGAGUUCUUGCUGGAGAGCAUGCCGACGGACAUGUGUGCGCUGCAGGACUUCCAUGAGCAAGAUAAGCUCCUGAUCCAGCUUGAUGAUGUCAUCACAAUCUUUGAGGGCAGAGCCGAGAACUAUUGGUGGCGAGGUCAAAAUAAACGUACCCUCCAGGUGGGGCAGUUUCCCAGGCACGUGGUGACAUCGGUGGCGGGUUUGUCAGCUCACGACAUCAGCCGACCACUCAAGAACAGCUUCAUCCACACCGGUCAUGGAGAUGCCAACCCUCAUCGCAGCUGGGGCUUCCCGGACAGGAUCGAUGAUUUGUAUCUUGGGAAUCCCAUGGAUCCUCCUGAUGUUCUCGGUUUGGACCUCAGUGGAGCUCGGCCCACUCGGCUACCGGGGCGAGCAAAAAAAGAGCCUCCUCAACCAGCGAUGGUAAUCCAGAGUAAGUCUGCUUUUUCUCAGCAGCUCCUCACCCAUUGCUCCUGCCCUCUCUGUUCCCUUCUAGCUCCACUCUUCAAAGAGCCUUGUUACGAUCCUGUGCAUCAGGACGACGACUUGACAUCUGCAGCAUUGAUGAGACUGUCACUUAGGAAAGCAAGCGCUGUCAAAGGCCUCAAACUUCGACCCACGGCCUGGGUCUCUUCUUCAAAACAGGGUAGUGACAAGACUUCGGAGUCAAGCCACUACCCCUGGAGAGAAAUGUCCCUCAUUGACUUUGGGGAGGAGCUUCCCCCGCCCACACCCUCCCCGUCACUUGCGGGGGAAAUCCCAAUCCCCUGUCUCGCAAAGCUGGUUUUGGGAGCAGAGAAUCUCUUGGACCGGACACCGCCUCAGAGUCCCUCCAGGUCGUUGCCCCGCCCACUUCACCCCACACCCGUAGUGGACUGGGAUGCGCGACCCUUACCGCGACCCCCGGUGUAUGACGACGUAGCCCAAGAUGAAGACGAUAUGGAGGUGAGUUCCAUCAAUGGCAUGGAGCUGCAGCACAGUGAGGAGCAGAAGGAAGUCCAUUUUCCAGAGGAGGACAACGCAUCCGCGCAGAAGGUGGAGGGCCUCGAAGAUAACCUCUUCCUCCCCAGCAAGCACAGCCAGGGCCCGACUACCUCAUUUUCCCAGUCUGCAGAAAUAUUCCAGGAACUCCAGCAAGAGUGCAUGAGGAGGCUCAAUGUGCCGACAGGUCAGAGUUCAGCCGCGUGUCUGCGGGCGCACCUCCCCUCCUCUGAGGACAAACCCCAGAUCCCUCCUCGUGUCCCCAUUCCCCCUCGCCCAAUUAAAAGGGGCGACUAUUCAUCCGCUCGCCGCUCCGGGGACCUCUCGCUGUCCCCGACCCCGGCCGACGUCGCAGAGGACAUUUCCAGCUCAGAGCGGGACCGCCCGCCGCAGAUCCCUCCGAGGGAACCUUUGUCGCAGCCUGGCUCCAGGACUCCCAGCCCCAAGGGCCCGGAGGUGGGCUCCCCGCAGCCCGCCGUCUGCUCUGCCAGUCCCACCCCCCUUACCGCCUGCCCCUCUGCGCACGCCCAAAGCUCCUACCUCUCCACCUCUCCCGGUAUAUUCAUGCCCACUACGCACAGCUUUGCCUCUGAUCCCAAAUACGCUGCACCCAAAGUGAUCCAGGCGCCGGGCAAGGAGUUUGCAAGCAAGGGCCCCUGCAUCCUCCCCAUAGUCCGUGACGGGCGAAAAGUCAGCAACACUCACUAUUACCUUCUGCCAGAGCGGCCGCCCUACCUCGACAAAUGCGGCCGCUUCUUCAGGGAGGCCGAGAGCCUGAGCGUCAGCGGUGCGGAGGACGGACGGCACGUACGGCGGGCGAACACCGCUACGGUUCGACCCAUGGUGCUCGGCGCUUUGCAGGGGGAGCUGAAGGCCAAUUUCUCCACCAACAGUAAUGGCAGUCCUGCACCACUGAUAGGACCGAAGCCAUCAGUUAGUCCCGCCGCUACUUGUGCAGAAGGUUUGACAGCGACGGCAGGCACCGCUUCCUGUCCCAGGACGGACGGAUUCGGAAACUCAGCUGACAGAGUCAAAGUGGUGCAGGCGGCAGUUCACGGUGUGACGAUGGAGGAGUGCCAAUGUGCACUUCGCAACCACAACUGGAACAUUCAGAAAGCUGUGCAUUACCUCAAGGCAAAAAUUGCAGCGGUCCGAACCUCCCAGACACGCUAGCUGGCUACCACCGUGACGGACGGGUACUAAAGCAGGCUGUAAGAGAAAACCUCUCCGACUGCAAGAGAACUUCAUCAUCAAUCCAAACAUUUCUGGACCAUCCUGUGUGACCCUUCAGACUGCGGCUGCCGUUUGAAAGAACACAUCACUGAAAUAGCACAAAAUACGACCUUCUCAUGGGGAGGGGGCCGGGGGGCGGGGGGGAGACUGCUCCACUUAAGAAUUUUUAUGACUCGUCCAAAGCAGACAUGAUAACAAUCCCACUUUUCUGACACUGUUAGGUUCGUGCGUGAGAUCCUUGCGUGGCCAACUUGUCAGACUCUGUUAUUGGUGCUGCAAUUACUCGAGGGAUAUACUCUGGUCUUUUCUUCAAGUUGUUAAAAAGUCCAUUUGGAAGGGAAUGUGAAAUGUGAUGAUGAAUUGGACAGCAUAAAUACACAGAAGCACCUUCCUCAAACCUUAGAGGUCUUCAAAAAGUGCAAUUUGUUGAGUCUCAAUUGAACUGGAAAAGUCAAAAGUGACUGCCUGCGUGGGUCACAUGCCAACCUCCUCCUCCACUGGAUACGCAUUGGCACUUACAAGCAAUUUGGUCUGGGACCAAAUUGCAAAGAGUCAAACUGUACCUCUCAAUUGUCGGAUAUGUGUUUGUGUGUGCGUAGCGUUGUAAAAUGGCACGGGGGGGCAUCAUUAUGAACACUGGCUGCUGAACUUCUGCACAGCAAAGUAAAAUUGAGCACACAAAAAAAAAAAAAAAAAAAACACCACCUCAAAACAAAGAGCUUAACUCUGCAGCCAGGAGGACACUUUCAUAUAGCUGCACUGGUUUCAGUUCCAAGUUGAGAAUCGGUGGCCCACGUGGUCAAAGACUUCUCUUCUUAUAUUGAGCUGAUUCGAAAGCUUUUGAUCUGCCAAGUCUCACGGAACUGCACACCAAAUAAUAGCAGCUAAUAAUGGCAACGUAGUCAUUUAUGCCCUCGCAUUGCUUCAAGCUACAGCUGGUACAGUUCAUAUAAAAAAAGUACGCAACCUUGCUCAGAGGCCAGGUUUUUGUGAUUAGAAAAAACGAAGACAAAUCACUUGAAAAACGUUUUCACUGUUAAUGUGAACUAUAACCUGUACAACUCAAUAAUAAUAAUAAUUUAAAAAAUAUAUAUAUAUAUUUGAAAGGGGAAGUAAAAAUAAACAACUGAGGUAAUGUGAUUGUAAAAGUGUGCACACCCUCUUCUAAGUUUCCAAGGCAUUAAAUAUAACAUGGUGAAACACAGAGAGGACAGUCAUCAUCGAGUGGAAAAAAUCUAGACGUUGCCACCGACACCUGGACGUCCCCUCAAAAUUGAUGGGAAAAUGAGAAGCAAACUGGUCAGGAAAGCUGGCACCACUGAAGGAAUUUCUGGCAAGUACUGGCUGCGUUUCGUCCAUGUGACAACAAUCAAGCGCUUUCUUCAUGUGGCCGGGCUAUGGGCGAGGGUGACAAAAAAAAAAACUUGAAAUCUGCAUGUGGCAAAAUGUGUUAUGGUCUGAGGAAACCAAUGCUGAACGUUUUGGCCAUUGUUCCAAAAUGUACUUAACACUCCUCAUCACCAAAAGAAUACCAAACCUACCAAGUAUUGGUAUCAGGCCAGUACUUGCGUCAAAAAUUCUCACAUCAACUCCUCCUCGCCAAUAGUUGGCGCAACCCUGACGGUUUGCCGAGACGAGCAAUUUAAGGUAUUUGGGGUUAUUCAGAGGUACUUCAAAUGCUGGCAGGUGUGUGCUGACUCCUUUUUAACAUGAACUUGAAUAUGAUUGGUUAAUUCUGAACAUAGCCACAGCCCCACUUAUGAGAGGGUGUGCAUACUUGUGCAAGAACUUUAUCAGUUGUGCUGCACAAAGUUUUGAAAGGAUUUAUCUUGGUCUCAUGGCAUUUGAAUAGGGGUGUGUAGACUUUUUAUAUCUACUGUUUAUUCUGUCUGUUUGUUUUUGGGCUAUCAUAAAGUUAUAUGACGAAAGCUCAGAUUUAUUUUUCAAUCCAAUCCCUCAACGAUGAGUUAUCAAUAUGGAACUCAGUCAACAUGCUCAAUAUUUGGGCCUUUUGUUCAAAGAGAAAAGGAAAUAAAAGACAUUCCAGAAUACUCUAGGCUCUUAAAAUUCAUGUGGUCAACAAAACCCAAACAAUAAGCCUGCGUUCUCCUUCCCCAAAGAGACGGCUUGCCGUCUAUCAAAAAUAAUCAUUGGGAAAUGUGUGCGUUGACACGUAGCGUCUUUGCAGAUGCACUGGCGACCAGGCUUAAAGAUGUCUUCAGGACAUAUUUCAUGGGAUGUGCUUCUUUUGGAUGACAAGCGUCAUUUGAAGACAUUCUCCGGCGUGCAAUCAGGCUGCUGUAAAAAAGUGUCCCGUGUGUGUGCGCGUUGGUGUCAUGAACAGAGAUCCGGCGGACGCUUGGGGGAAAAAAAUGUUCAGUGUCAAACGUUUGGAGUGGCGAGUUUGCCCGUUUUGCAAAGGACGACGUUUUGCUCACAAAUUUCUCAGCGGCCUGACAUUUGUAUGACGGCGAGAUUGCGCGUCUUUGAGUUUGUGGAUCUGUUCGACGGAACCUUGUGGCAGGAUCAUCGCCACCAAACCACGCGGUUGUUUGCCAUCUCUACAAUCUUGUGCAUAUCUUUUCAAUUGUUGUUCCUAAAUCGAAAUCUCCUCAUUUGUACUUGCAUGGAUUUGCUCCCCGCUUUUACUCUGUUUCAACUGAACAGACAGUUUUGGGUUUUCCUCCUUGGAAAUGUUCAUGGGAGUUAAUGCUGCUGAGUGUAUGAAUGUAUUAUUAUUAGUAGUAUUUUGACUAAAGUAUUAAUUAUUUCCUCCCCA